UACAAACACCAUUCUCUCCUCCAAAUCUAAUCUCUCCUUUUUAUACAAAUCACAAGCGGCUCUCUCUCUCUACAACGUCAACAUUUUUUAAAAUUCAAAUAACAAAAUCAUCGACAAACAACAAUAUUUAUUCUUAGAUUUCCACAGAUACAUAUAAAUCAAGCAAUCCGAGACCGACCCAUUUCCCUUUGAUCUUCAUUUUUCGAUACCCACAUUUUCAAUUUUGUUGGGCAUCACCAAAUUUUGAAUUUUUUUUUUGAUAUCACCCAUUAUUUGAUCUCCAUUUUCAAUAAAAAUGGGGGCUUAUAGAGCAGAUGAUGACUAUGAUUACUUGUUUAAGGUGGUUUUAAUCGGCGAUUCGGGUGUCGGAAAAUCAAAUCUGUUGUCUAGAUUCACCAAAAAUGAAUUUAGUCUUGAAUCUAAAUCCACCAUUGGUGUUGAAUUUGCUACUCGUAGUAUUCAUGUUGAUGAUAAGGUUGUUAAGGCUCAGAUUUGGGACACUGCUGGUCAAGAAAGAUAUCGGGCCAUCACUAGUGCAUACUACAGAGGAGCUGUUGGCGCCUUGCUCGUCUAUGAUGUCACUCGACAUGUCACCUUUGAGAAUGUGGAAAGAUGGUUGAAGGAGCUCCGAGAUCACACUGAUUCCAACAUUGUUAUUAUGCUUGUAGGAAACAAGGCAGAUUUACGACACUUACGCGCAGUUACGACUGAGGAUGCCAAGGCAUUUGCUGAGAGAGAGAGCACCUUCUUUAUGGAAACCUCUGCACUGGAGUCCUUGAAUGUCGAAAACGCAUUUACUGAAGUCCUAAGUCAGAUAUAUCGUGUUGUCAGCCGAAAGGCUCUUGAUGUAGGGGAUGACCCUGCAGCAUUACCAAAAGGACAGACUAUUAACGUCAACAAAGAUGAUGUGUCGGCUGUUAAAAAAGUCGGAUGCUGCUCCGCAUAGACUAACUGAAGUCUCGAGGAGGGAAUAUUAUUUUCUGCUGUUGAUGGUUAUCUUCAGUGUCUUGAAGGUGCCUUCAUUUUUCUCUCGGAUAUGUUCGAAAGAGGCCAUUUGUAGCUUGCUGGCAUGCUUUAGAGAUUUUAAACUUGCUUUAAAUGCAGAGACAGAUAUUAAGUGUUGAGAUCCAAUAGAUUAUCAUGUUAAGAUCCAGUAUAUUAUUACGUUAAGAUACGAUAGAUUCACAUUUCGUUGCAUUUCUUGUUUCUCCGUUAUUCUUUCGGUUGAUUGUUUUCUUGGAGUGGUGUUGUAAUCUGUAGCCGGAUCCAACCCUCUAGGUUAGGCUGCUCUCAUUUGAGAAUUUAUGUCAAGAUUGAUCUUUUGUUUUACCUGGUUGAUUAAUAAUUUAUUAGCUUGUUCA